AUGCAGGCAAUUCGUGUGGGUUCAGCUCCUUCAUCUACCGCUCCAUAUUCAUCCUCAAAUCCGGCACCGUCGUCAGCCUUGUACCUCGAUCAAAAUGUGCCUAUUCCUAAGCUGUCAAAAAAAGACGAACUCCUUGUCCGUGUCAAGGCUACAACGGUGAUUCGUGACAUGUUGACGUGGCCCGAAACCUAUCGUCAAGAGCAUGCCAUUCUCGGAAACGACCUGUCGGGUAUUGUUGCGGAGGUUUGUUCGGAGGAUUGCAAGUUCAGACCGGGAGAUGAGAUUUUCGGAAUGUCAAACGUGAAUCGCGCAUCUGCAUGGGCCGAGUACUGCAUCGUGGAGGAGAAUGAAGUUGCGCUGAAACCAAAAAGUCUAUCCUGGGAGCAAGCCGCGGCUAUUCCCCUUAGUGCACAGACAGCAUACGAGGCCUUAUUUGACCGUGCGAGUGUUCCUGUACCCUCCGUUGAGGAUGCAGCGAGAAACAGAUCUAGGACCUCCGGCGAAGGGCAGCACCGGCUUUUGAUCACUGGUGCCGCUGGGGCUGUUGGAGUCUACCUUGUCCAGCUGGCUUCCCUUGCUGGACUCCACGUUGUGGCUGCCACGAGUUCGAAUACUCGCAAUGCAGAGUUCCUUCGAGAGCUCGGUGCUCACGAGACGGUUGAGUACGGCAUGCUGGAGAGCCACCACGACAGCGCUUACGAUAUCAUUAUUGAUACAGUCGGAGGUGGCGUGUUGGCCAAGUGCUGGAAAUAUGUGAAAGAAAACGGCACUCUUUUAUCCGUGGAUUCAGCGAGCUACAACUUUGCUGAGGAUCAUGAAAAGCGUGGUAUACGUAGGGAGGGCGUCCGCGCUUUGUUCUUCAUUGUCGAAGGAAGCAGCAAGGCUUUGCACUAUUUGGCUGAACUUGCGGACUCGGGUUUUGUACGUCCUUUCGUUGCUGGGACGUAUCCCCUUGCAAAUGUACAAGAGGCGUACGACAUUGCCAACGGAAGGCAUCCUGGGCGUGGAAAGAUCGUUCUUACCAUCUGA